AUGUUUGUCAUGCAUUUCUGUUCGGUCUGCAAGAUGAAUAAGAUUGGAGGAGUUCUCGUCGUCUAUAUACUGGUUGUAGCCGCAACGGGAGCAGCGGACUUGAAAGCGACGAGCCAAUCCAGAGCAACCAGUAAAGCGGAACAAACAAGCAAGUCAAAAGAGCCAGUCACAGAUUCCAAAGCUUCGCGAGUUCACCAUGUUUCUGCAUCUGCCUCAGUCAGCAAUGGCAUGGGCGUCGCCAGCAUCGCAGGUGUCGAAUCCAGGAACGGCAGAGUAUCUUCUAUAUCUGGAGUGAAGUUCUACCCAUCCGGAGACUCCAUGGUGAAGACAGAUAGCAAAGGCAACUACUACUUCAAGUCUUCUGAGAACAAAAUGCAGAUGCCCCUUACUAUAACAAAGCAAGGUGACGGAGUAUCAGGAACUAUUCGAAUCAUGCCAGGAUCGGUAUCAGUUUCCUCAUCAGCUAACUCAGGGUCAGCUUCAGCGUCUGCAGGACCUAAAAUCACAGGCUUCGAUCCUUGGGCAACGUCUUUUAUGAAGCCAAUGAUGAACGACUUAUUCUUCCCUGAUCCUUUCCCAGCGUUCCCUAGUAUUGGGAAUACUGCUUACAAUACAAAGAUGUAUCAGCCUAAGUUUGAAAGGAUUCCUGAGCCUAAAUUCCAGAAGUUUCCUGAACCUAAAUUUCAGAGGUUCCCAGAGCCUAAAUUCGAAAGGUUUCCUGAGCCAUCUUUCCCAAAGAUACCUCAGCCAUCGUUUUCAAUGAUGCCCCAGUCUUCGUUCACGCCAAGGUCGCAAGACCCUUGGGGGAAGGACAUGUUCAAGCACGCUCUGCCUCAGUACGAUAUAAUGGGACCAGCGUGGUACUACCCGACCUUCAACCCUUAUUUCAACUUCUGGUAAUGUUUUAUGGAAUAAAUCGA